ACCCUACAUUGGUACUAUUUUGGUGAUUUCCACAAAAUGUCUCUUCUCUGCAUAAGGAAUGGCUAACCAAGUUUCAUCAAUAACUGAUGUGGUAAAACAAAUGGCACAGCAGCAACAAACAAAAGCUUCUGAAGCAGAGAAAAGCCAAACAGUGCAAAUCCAAUUUCAGACUAAAGCUAACGAGCUCCAAACAGACCUGAGAUCAGUUUUACUGGAAACAAAGGCAGUUGAAAAAGUGAUUUCCCAUGAGGAAGACACAAUAGAGAAUUUAAUACGUCUCUGUGGAAUCCUAAAGGCCCAGAAUCACUCAAUUUAUUCUGAGAGUAUUAGGCUUAAACUCAACUUGGAAACGCAAAAAGAAGAUUUUGAAGCUAUCUUGUCAAGAAAUAAUGCAUAUCAUGCAAAAAUUGAGGAUAAUAUCAGAUGCCUUUUGGAAGCAGAGAACACGUUGCCAGUCAUGACUGAGCUUAUUAAUAAAAGAGACGUGCUCAGAAUGCUCAGGAGGCAGAAGGAGAAAAUGAUUCAAGACCUACAUAACCCAGAGAGCAUAGCAAUAAAACAAGUGCAGGAAGAAAUGGCAAAUUUAGAGGAGAAACUAAAAGAAGUAAAGCAGUGCAUAACCUUAAAAAACAAGGUUUAUGAAGAAGAAAAAGAAAGACACAUCGAACUUCAGAAAGAAAUAGAGGUACAAAAAAAGAGAUUUGAUGCCAUCUUGAAGCGCCUACACAGUCAAAUAAAUAAGGUCAAGAUGAACAGAAGACAUUACCAGUGGCAGAUUGAUCAGAUGGAGACCCAGGCUAUGAAUCUUAGGCAGAAACUUGAGACCAUGAAGUUCUGAUACACUAGGGUGGAAAAGACUGGAAUGUAUAACGAAUGUAAUGAUGCAUACAGCUGCACGUGUUGCAAAAAAAUGACUUGGAAAUCACAAAAUUCAUUUCCUAAAUUCAGCCAUUGCAUUGUGUAACUGAUCUUGAAUACGUCACUUGACUUAUAGCAACUCAUUGUUACUUCUUGGAGCAGCUGCAAAAGUAAAAGACUAUUUGAUGGUGGCCCUAUUUCGUCACCCUCACAUUAUUAUUAUUAUUAUACAAAGCUGUUUCAAAUAGCUGUUAAAGAUAUAAAGCCUUUAUGUCUCCUUAACCAGCACUUGUUUCAAAGGGUGGGGUAUAAGGUGAAGUUAUAUAAAUGUAUAAGUUUGAGCCUCAGAAUGCCUAGCACUAAAGUGUAACUUUUCUUCACAGUUUGUUUCAUUGCCUGGAAUAUUUUUCUUAUUCAGAAGUAUAAAGUUUAAAAUAAAAAAGAAUACGAUUCAA